UCUCCACUUUCAAGGCUUCACGGGCUUAGUUAGCUUAGCUCGCGAGCCGCUAAAAAAGAACUAGAAUGUAAUCUUGUUUUUGACCCCCCUGGCAAAUUGUCUUCUGCGUUGAAUUGUAUUGUUCUGUUUAAUGUUCAAUAAAGGGGGAAAAAAAACAACCCUCGAAAAAAAAAAAAAAACAAUGACGUCGGGUAGCCAUUUUGAAUCCUGCUUUUACCUUGGGGAGUGGGGGCAAAAUCGUCAGCCCAUUUCAUAUCUAUGGAGGAAAGUGUACCAUAGCAGAAAGUGUCGUGAUCGUCGUGGGAAAAUGUUCGCAAGUAGCAGAGCAGCGUACGGGGAGGAACUUUGGGGACCAAAAAAGGUGGCGCAGCCACAACGUCAACUACUGAACGCUGUGUUCAAUCUGCAGCCCCGAAUUGUGCUCCGCAGAGCAGACAUCAGUGAGGAUCUUCAUCCUGAAAAGCAGGAGCUCGAGCCUGCAGCCAUGAAAGAGGAAGUGGACAACAAAGAGCUUCCCUUUAUCAAAGACGAAGAGGAAUUGGAUUCCAUUUACAUUAAAAAAGAGACGGAAGAAGAAGCGCGACCACACAUCAAGCAGGAAGAGGAUGAGGACAUCGAGUUUCCAUCGAUUGGUGUCCCUUUGAAGAGAGAAAAUGAACGUCAAAGGGAGGAAAGCAGAAGAGGGGCGGAGCCUUCAAGCAGUAGCAGAAGCCAACACAUGACAACAAAUGGUGAUGGAGACCACUGUCGACAAUCACAAACAGAAGGCCUCCUCGCCCCACUGUCAGAUAGUGACGACGUCACGUCACAUUCUACAGACGAUGAUGAUAAACAGUCAGGAGGUGAUAUGACAUGUCACGCUGACAACAAACGUUGGAGAUGUUCUCAGUGUGCGAAAACCUUUGCUGGUAAGGCCAAGUUGAAUCAACACCUGAGAAUACACACUGGCGAGAAACCUUUUUCCUGCUCAGUUUGCAGUAAAAGAUUUACUCAGAAGGGACAUAUAAAAGCACACAUAAGAACCCACACCGGUGAGAAACCUUUUUCCUGCUCCAUUUGCAGUAAAGGAUUCACUCGUAAGGGAUACUUGAAUGAACACGCAAGGACGCAUCCUGGUGAAAAAGCUUUUUCCUGCUCAGUUUGUGCACAGAGAUUUUCUGAUGUGAGAACGUUAAAAAUGCACAGAAGAACCCACACUGGAGAGAAACUUUUUUCUUGCAUAGUUUGCGGCCGAAGAUUCACUCGGAAGGUAGAUUUAAAAAUACACACAAGGACCCACACCGGUGAAAAGCCUUUCUCCUGCUCGGUUUGCAAUAAAAGAUUUACUCGAAAGGCAACCUUGAAUAAACACACAAGAACGCAGAUUUGUGAGAAACCCUUUCCCUGCUCUUUUUGUGUCCAAAGAUUUUCUAACGAGAAAACUUUAAAAAGUCACACAAGGACCCACACUGGUGAGAAACCUUUUUCCUGUUCAGUUUGCAAGAAAAGAUUCACUCGGAAUGGACAGUUAAAAAUCCACACAAGAACACACAUUCUACAGAAACCUUUUUCAUGUUCAGAUUGUGGCCAAAGAUUCUAUCAGAAAGGAGACUUAAAAAUUCAUACUAGAAUGCACACUGGAAAGAAACCUUAUUCCUCCUCAGACUGGGAUGAAAUAUUGUAAUAUAAGGGAGAAUUAAAUACGCACAAGGACGCACAGCGGUGAGAAUUGAUUUUUCCUGCUCAGUUUUCAAUUAAAGAUUCACCCAAAAGCACCACUUAAAAAUACAAUGGAAACUGGAGAGAAACCCUUUUCCUGCUCAGUUUGUGGUCAAAGGUUGCCUCGUAAGGCUACGGCUAAUACACAAGUGUGAUGCUGGGACGAGCAGCGAUCAAAAAGCUUUCAAUGAAAAUGUAAAAUAAUGACAUGAUAAUGAUGAUUGAUCAAAUAAAUACCAAAUGUAAUUACUGUGUAAUUACAAUUACUUACACAAAUCUAGUCUUGUUAUAUGUGUUUCAUAUUUUUUCUUGUUUUUAUCCAUCCUCUUGUUGUCCAUAUAUUGGUGAGAUGAAUGGUACGUAGUCCAUAGUUCUGGAUUUACAAAUGAUGUUUGCACAAAAGAAAGUAGAGUUAGUUGUCAUUUUCAGCGUGUUUUCUGAUGAUGUAUGUAUUGUUUUUCAAACAGUUUUUCGCAGUACCAAAUUUUGGACACUAUCA